AAGAUGGCGGUUGAAGGCGUCAUGGUGUCCUACAACUACUCCGAAGACGGCGAAUUGGCGAACAUCCUCACAGUGGCAGCUUCAGGCAUAAAAUUUUCGAAGCGUUGGGUUCUCACUCACGGCUCCAUACUUUCCCCUCUAAAACAAGUUCGCGCCAUACAAAACGCUAAAGGAAAAUCUAUAUUGAAUGAAGAAUUCUACGCAAACCUACCAGAAAUACACGUGACAUGUGAAAAAGCAAAUUCUAAGUCCCAAAGCUUGUACGAUAGUGUGGAAAGACUGAGCAGAGAUAGAAGCAUGGACAGUGAUGCAGAUUUUGAACAUAGCAGCUAUCAGAUUAGAGUUUUGACUGGCAGAAUAUGUCACGUAUGGCAAUGCCCGAUCCUGGACCGGUGCGUGGACGACAUCCUGUACAGCUGGACGAUAGGACACCGCGACGGUGACGUAGAGAAGCAGACACAGCUUGGCAAGUCGCUGUUAUCCGUCUUCGUGCUUGUCGACUUAGAGAGCGAUGAUCGAGGCCUAAAGACUCUACGACCGUUAUCAGAGCUGUUCGAUCUGGUGAGGCCGCCACCAGGCCGAGGAACAGCAGUUGAGGUGCAUUCUACUCCUUUUGGUUGUGAAGUAUUUUUAAACGCAGUAACAAGAGGGUCGGUGUGCGGUGUGGUGGGGAAGAGGCCAUCCCUUCUGCUCACUGACGCUGCCACGGCGCUAGGAUCCGAAGGGGGGCCGGUGUACACAGAAGGACCAACGAAGGAGCUCAUAGGGACAGUCGUAUGCAGCGUGUCGUGGUGGCGUGGUGAAUGGGUGGGGCUGACUCUAAUGGCACCGCUUGUGUCCGUACUAUCUGCGAAGCUACGAGUAGCACCUCCACGCAUUCAGAAGUCGUUGACCACCGGACCACAUCGAGAUUUACUAGAUCAAAUAGACUCAACAACGGUGCUGGUCCGAUGUGGUGUGGCGUGGGGAGCUGGACUUUACCUCGGUGGAGGAUACGUGGUCACUUGCGCACACGUUGUACGAAAUUACGGCAGCUACAAAGUGUCCAUCUACUGCCAAGGAGUGAAGGAAACAGCAAUAGUACGAUACAAGACGGCAGACGACAAAGCAUUUGACUUGGCAUUAUUGUAUACGAAUCCUCAGAACUGGAAACAGUUCACUCCGGCCGUGUUCGCCGUAGAUUCUGCUGAGAAAGGAGAGUCAGUACUGGCGGCAGGGUAUCCAUACUUCAACGAAAAUAACCUGGAAGACCUGAAACCAACUGUUACCACGGGACACAUCAACAACGCGUCGCCUUCUAUGAUACAGACCUCGUGCUGCGUGCAAUCAGGGUUCAGCGGCGGACCAAUAUUCCGAAUAUCGAAGAGAAAAACGCAUGUGGAAGUUCUGGGCAUCAUAGUAAGCAACGCUAAAACCGAGACUGGCGCGUGCUACCCGUACAUCAACAUGGCUGUACCCACGCGAGCGUUCAUACAUUUAUUGCAGGAUUACAUACAGGACAAAGAUGGCACGAAGUUGAAAAUUAUUGAAAAUGACAAAGAAAUGAUCCAAUCACAGUGGAGACUGAUGCCCUAUAGAUCCAAGAUAUGAAAAACCUUUACGAGUAGGGCGUAUAAAAUAUUCAUAUAGUGUAGCCGCCAGACCUAGAAGAGGAUGUAAAGAAUCUCGACGAGCUAGUGGAAUCGAAGACAAUUUAUAGUUUACUCUAGUAUUUUGGCAAUAGGUAGCCAGUUUACUUCUUUUGGAAGGCCACAUUAAAAGGGAACGUUGUUUUUGACCUUUGUUAGUUGAUACAAAAAAUUCGUUAAGUACUAGGUAGCAAGGACCUAUAACUAAAGAGGUCUGUUAUUCACGAUACAAGACAGCGUAGUCGGGUAUUUAGUACCCUUUGGUACUCCAGAUGUAGUGACGAGUACCAAAUAGCAAUUUUUGUAACUACAAGUACCGGCGGCACGCUAUGAUGGCCAAAUA